UUUCGUUUGUUUUAUUCGUCCUGCAGAAGCAGCUACCCCUAUUCGAACUUAUUAUUAUUCCCUUCAACCGAUUUAAUUUACCAGAUUUCAUAGCGGCUAAUUGUGUGCAGGAUCGAUGGAUUCUAACCUUACAGAGCUUCCGUCAAGCUCUAACUCGUCUUUCUUAUGCUCGUCUCUUUAUCAAUAUUGCUGGAUCAAGCGUUGUUGACAUCGUUUUCAUAUAGUAUUAUUAUAUUCUUUAAUUCAUCAUUGUCAACAUGUCGAAGCACUGGGGCAGAGACUAUGUGGUCACGGAGCAUCGAGAUCUGCAGGCCAAUACCAUGGCUGUGGAUGUUACGGGUAACCACGUUCUCCUAGCUGGGAGGCGAUAUUUAGCAAUAAAACACCUUGACGAGGAACCCCUUAGAAAGUUUCAUCGACAAAGUAAAUAUGAAGUAGGCUCUGCAGAAUUGAAUCCUAAUCUAGCAAACUGUCACUUGUGUACCAUAUCUAGCAAUACUAGAGUUGAAAUAUUGAGUUUUAUGGGAAACAAUGGCUAUGAAUUGCAACCCACUCAUAGUUUACGGGCCCACACACGUGUAGUGAGUGAUUUAAACUGGCAUCCUAAAGAUCCUGAUAUAUUAGCUACAUGCAGCAUUGAUACUUACAUUCAUAUUUGGGAUAUUAGAGAUCAACGAAAGCCAAGUUUAUCUCUUUCAGCAGUUGCUGGAGCAUCUCAAGUGCAAUGGAAUGUUUUAUCCCCAAACAUGCUUGCAACUGCCCAUGAUGGUGAUAUCAAAAUUUGGGAUCAACGAAAAGGAAACAGCCCAGCUCAAUACAUUGCUGCCCAUUUGACAAAAAUGUAUGGACUAGAUUGAUGUCCUUUUCAACAAAAUCAAUUAGCUACGUCAAGCCAAAAUUGCACAGUCAAAAUUUUUUGAUACCAAUAAUCCGCGCAGAGCUGAAAGUAUCUUGACAACUAAUUCUUCGAGGGACCUUGUCUCUCCGCUGGACAUCAAUGAAGAUAUUCUGCCCUGCGAUGAGCAUCACGUUCCUGGUGUAUUUAUGUGUAAUGUGUGCAGUGUACCCGAUGCGUCCCGUGUAUUUAGAUUUUGUAAACGUAAAUUCUACGCUGCCGACUAUGAGUCAAUCGGGGUCCGCCUUUCGGAGGUGAACUGGGAGACUGUCCUUAGUUCACUGUCUAAUGAUCCUGACGCAACUGUUGAUAAAUUCAAUGUCAUUCUAAAUGAUGGCAUUGCACAACACGUCCCAAUCUCUAGACAGCCCCUCAGUUCAUACCCGAAAUGGUAUGACUCUGACCUCAUCAAUGCGAUCCGUAAAAAGAAAGUCGCGCACAUUGCGUGGAAAUCGUCUAAAUGUAAGCAAGAUGAAAUCGAAUUCAAUAGACUGAGAGCCGUCUGUCUCAGAAUGUCUAGGUCUAAGUAUCGUGAUUACAUCUCGUCUGUCGAGUCGGGCUUAAAGCGCAAUUUGUAAACGUUUUGGUCUUUUGUGAAAUACUUGAGAAACGACUCUUGUAUCUCGUUCAAUAUGUUUAGCGGUCCCUCCAGGGCCUCCAGUGAUGUUGAAGUCGCCAAUCUCUUCUCCAGAUACUUUGGUUCUGUUUUUAGAACAGAUGCUCUGACCCUAUUAAAAAUUAUAACGUGCAAUUAUACGUAUUAUUGCACGUAUAAAAAAACGCAUUAUUAUGCGUAUAAUAGUAUAUAUUUUUGUACGUACAAAAGUACGUACUAUUGUACGUAUAAAAGCAAACGUUAUAGUACGUAUUAAAACAGGUAUAAAUAAACAACUCAAAGUGAAUCGAUUUUUGUUAGUUUUGUUUCACUUGUUCUAAUACGCGUUUUAUAACGCAUAAUAGUACGUUCAAUUGUACGUAUAAUUGUACGUAUAAAUAUACGAUUCAAGUUUUUUAUUUAAUAGUUAAUAUAUAAUUAUAUAAUUCCACUACUAUAUAUAAAUUUGCACUUAAAUAUUAUGUUGAUCAAUAUGGGAUUGGAGUAACCAUGUAAGUACAAUUAAUGAUAUUGAAACAAAUAUAGAUAUUGUGAAGAAAUUUUUAUUUUAUUUAAGUCAUAAAUAUACAUAUGAAAUUUUUUUCUAAAUAAUUAAGAAAACAAUCCAUAUAGAACUCUCAAAAACAACAAUAGUUAUUUAUCUUAUAAUUUAUUGCUGAAUAUUACGUUUUUACUAAUUGCAAUUUAAAAAUAAAAAAAGAAAGUAAUUUUCUUUAAAAUGAUGGAUAUUAAUUUUUCACUACACUUGCAUUAAAAAAAAAGUUUUUUUUUUAAAUCAUCAUUUUCUUCAAUUUUUAAAGCUAUUUUCAGCGAUUAAUUAAUCGAUUAAUCGCGGCGCCAUAUAGUCUUAUGAAAUAAACCAAAAAGAAUGAAAGAGAAAAGGUAUGAACUAUUAAUAAGUCGAAUAUCUUGUUGAAAUAUGAAUACCCUGUUGAAAAGCUCCAUCUGGAUUUCAGCUGGAUUUUCACAUGGAUUUCCAGAUGAAUUUUGCCUAUAUUUCGCCUGGAUUCCACCUGGAUUUCAUCUGGAUUUCCAGCUGGAUUUU